CGUAACCGCGAGCCGGGGCUGCCAAGAGGAGCUUCUGCACCGGUUCCUCAAAUGUUUCGCUGUUGCCAGGACGGCCCGCUGCUCUGCGUCACGUGCAAGUGGGAAGUCGCGCCGACACCGACUUGAGCCGCGCCGGGCCGAGCGCUCGCAGUCGGAGCUGAGUGCCGAGCCCGAGGCGGACGGCCACUGCUCCCGGGGCUCCCGCCCCCCGCCGCCCGGUCCCGGCUGCGGAGCUGCCCCGCCCGCCGCCCCGCGCACAAGGAAGCAUGCCGGCCGUCGGCUGCGCGCUGCUGGCCGCCCUGCUAGCCGCGCCCGCGGUCGCGAUGGCCCUCGGGAGCUGCCGCGCGCUGGAGGUGGCAAAGGAUACGGUGACCAGCCUACCCGGGGCCACCGUCACCCUGAUCUGCCCUGGGAAGGAGGCAGAAGGCAAUGUCACCAUUCGAUGGGUGUACUCUGGCUCACAACGCAGGCGGUGGACGACCAUGGGAAACACGCUGCUUCUGAGGGCAGUGCAGCUCAGUGACACGGGGAACUAUUCAUGCUUCCUGGAUGGUCACCGGGUUGGGACUGUGCCCUUGCUGGUGGAUGUUCCUCCAGAGGAGCCCAAACUCUCCUGCUUCCGGAAGAACCCCCUUGUAAGUGCUACUUGUGAGUGGUUUCCAAGCAGCAGCCCUUCUCCAACGACCAAGGCUGUGCUGUUCGUGAAGAAAAUCAACAGCACCAACUCAAAGAGUGACUUCCAGGUGCCCUGCCAGUAUUCUCAGAAGUCCAGACGCUUCUCCUGCCAGGUGGAAAUCCUAGAGGGUGAAAGAGUUUACCACGUAGUGUCACUGUGUGUUUCGAACAGCGUCGGAAGCAAGUCCAGCAGCAACGUGGCAUUUCAGAGCUUAAAAAUUGUGCAGCCUGACCCGCCUAUGAAUCUGGUCGUAUCGGCCAUACCUGGAAGGCCUCGUUGGCUCAACGUCACCUGGCAAGACCCCGAGUCCUGGGACCCAGGCUACUACAUGCUUAAGUUUGAGCUUCGAUACCGACCCGUGUGGUCAAAGACAUUCACCGUGUGGCUGCUCCAGGCGGCCCAGUACCAGUGCAUCAUCCAUGAUGCCUUGCGAGGAGUGAAGCACGUGGUGCAGGUCCGUGGAAAGGAGGAGCUUGAGACUGGCCAGUGGAGCGAGUGGUCCCCGGAAGUCACGGGCACCCCUUGGAUAGAGCCCAGGAGCACUCCUGCAGGGAUCCUUGGAAGCCCCACGCAGGUCUCCGAUGAAGACUAUGACGAUGAGGAGGAUCAGGACAGUUCUCCAGAAGCAACAAGCAGCCCGGCCUCAGUGCAAGAAUCUUCCUCAAUAUCGCUUCCCACAUUCCUGGUGGCUGGAGGAAGCCUGGUGUUUGGGUUGUUCCUCUGUGUCUGCAUCAUCCUGAGGCUCAAGAAGACAUGGAAGUCCCAGGCCGUGAAGGAGAGCAAGAUGAGUUCUCCCCCGCCAUAUUCCUUGGGACAGCUGAAGCCGACCUUCAUCUUGGUCCCUCUCCUCACCUCCGCAGGGUCCCACGACACCUUAAGCCACGGCUGCCUGGGCGUCAGGGACCUGCAGAGCCCGUAUGGCACCAGCAAUAGAGACUGCUUAUUCCCCAGAUAGGCGUCUGGAUGGCACCUGGCAGCUGGCACAGUGUCAGGAGAUGGGCACACACGCUUCUCACUGCCAUUCCGGUUCACCUGGGUCGGGGGUGGGGGUGGGUGGGGCUGCAGCCCCGCUUCCCACAAGAACCUUGCAGAAGAUUCGGAACCGGUCAAGACUGGUGUGCUGCAUACGCUCCGAAGGAAGGGGUUGUGAGGGACACAGAGACCUGCGGUGACUGGAUAGGUGUGUAGAUAGAGAUAUCUACACACUGAUCAGCCUUCACAAGCUGCACCCGCAGGAUAACCUCAGGUAGGGGUGCCAAAGGUUGCCCCAGUUGCCUAGCUCUGGAUCACUGCCCUAACCCCCCUUUUAGCUUGAACUCUUAAAAUCCAAGCGCCUUUGACAUUCUCUUUUCCGAGGCCGGUAAGGCUGGGGAGGAAGCUCGAUCCUUCCUUCCUUCCUUCUCAGUACCUGGAAAGCCGCUGGAAGUCCGGUUGUGGUGACUGAUAUCUCAGGGCCUGAUGGUUUUAAAGGGAAUGACAAUUAACGUCUUACAAGCAUUUUCCAAAUGUGAAUGAUAAUCCUAGGCACUGCUGACUGUAGAAGUUUUAUUUCCUUCUUUGAUCUCAGGACUUCAGGCGAAGAGAAGCAGAAAGGAAGUAGGGGGGGACAGAUGUCCACUGUCCCUGUUGUAGUUGAGGGGGACGCAGCCUCUGAAAACAUGUUUUCUGUCCCCCGCUACUCCCCCAGGGGAGGGAUGGUGUUAGUGAGGGCCUCUGCCAGGGCAGAGGGCAACUGCUUUUCUCCGGCCUUGCCUAUACUGGUUUCAACUGGACCUGAGCUACUAGAAAAGAUGACAUUCGUGCAAAAAGGAAAACUUAACUAGCAAGAAAGCAUUUCUAUUUUGCUUUUCAUGAAACUGUUUCCUGAGCCAGGUGGUGGUGGAGGUGGCGCACGCACGCCUUUAAUCCCAGCAUUUGGGAGUCAGAGGCGGGCAGAUGUCUGUGAGUUCGAGGACAGCCAGAGCUACACAGAAAAACCUUUCUCAGAAAACAAACAAACAAAAAAAGAAAA